CUUUCCCCAGCCUUGCCGCAUGCCUUAGUCCUCUUCGGCUUCUUUGCCAUUUAAUAUUUCCUUUUUCUCGUUGUCUCAGAGUACCUGAGAGGUAUUAAUUUGCGUCAAUGAAUUCCACAAUAUCAUCAAAAGUUGCAACCUACCUGGAUCUGUUCAAAAAUCUCCAAUCUUCUACAUGUCUGGAAUGGCACGAGACUGAAGUGCCGGUUUUUGCCUGGCAGGACGAGCUGGGGCGAUUACAAGUUUGGGUGACUACUACUGAUGCGCUUCAGGAAGAUCAAUAUUCCCUGGAAUACCGGCUGCGGGAUGCGUCACACAUCAAGAGACAGGUGAUCCGACAAUUGGACAGGCUCCAGCGAGUCCUUGAAGAUUUACAACUGGUCUUGGAGGAGACAUUGCCAGGCGAAGCUUCCGGCAGUGAGACUGAAGAUGAGAAGCCUACAAAUGAGGCCCGGUCUAUGUACAGAAGCCUGGUAGACAGUAUUGACAGCCUGUACCAAAGGUCUAUACUGAUUCGGAAGCCUGCACCGUGUGAUAAAUUUGUCGGUAUGAAGAAAAAGGAUGCCAUGCCAUCUGAAUCUUACGACCAACAGCGGGCCCCCACAGAAGGACAGGACCUUCUCGACGAUACCGACACGAUUGGUGCCGAGCAAAACGCAUCAAAAUCUUCAGAGAAACAUGAUUACAGAGAUCUUCCUGUUCAUUAUCAGGAAUCGUCAUCAAAGACUAGAAACUUGAUACAGUGGGGGAAGAACUAUAUGUACUUCUGUUGCCAAUGUCACGAUGGUCCGAAAGUCCAGCGUCGAUGUGUGAUGUGUGACCAUGUGGCUUGCUCCAGUUGCAUUCCUGUUGGGCGGUGAUGGAUGAGAUGCGUUGACCACCGAGUGUUGAAGCUGGGUUGCCCCUCCGUUCUUUUUAUAGGUUUCCAGUCUGCUAUAUGUCUUAUUUAUUUGGGCAUAUGAGAUGGAAAGAAAUUAAAUUGACAACCAAGCUGUUAUACCUCGUCAUCAGGUUUCGCCCACUGGCCAACUGGCCCACUGGGAAGUUGAACCGGUCCUCUACGUUAAAAAUUGAAAGGCUUCACAUAUGUGACAUGAAAGGCUACGGUGCGCAACUUACUA